AUGCUUCGUCAACUGUACGCUCAGGGCUUCUCCGAUGUCUACGGCGACUCGAGCGAUCAGCCGGCGACGUGCUUUGCGGCCAUGCAGGGUGACUUCAGCUUCGUGUUGUACGAAGAAGGGUACGUGCUGGCUGCGCGGUCCCACGGCGGCAGCCAGUGUCCGUUCUCCUGGGGCAUGCUGAGGCUGGGCCAGGCGGGCGACGCACUGGUGUUGUCAUCCGAACCCCACGAGGGCCUGGUCGACUUUUCACCGGGUUGCUAUUUCGAGACUUCUGCAGGAGAUGGCGUUUGGGACUGUAAGAUUGUUAACUACAUGCGAUCGCCCCUGGAAGCAAGGAGUGCUGACCGGAGUUUGGUGGUGGAAAUGCGUAGUCGGUUGUGUGGUGUGGUGCUCAGAACACAAAACAGAACUGAGGUGCUGCCCAUCACAAGGCUAUGA